AUGGCGAAGUUUAUCAUUUGCAGGUCGGGUAAAUACAUCUACAAGCCAACGAUGAAUCAAACCUGUUGUCCUCAGUACACGAUUAGGCUCGAUUCGACGAAAUUCGUGUUGUCGCGAAGUCAGCGGCGUGUCCUCCGACAAAUGAAUGAAUACUUGAAGAAUGACACGAAGCCCAGGAGUCACAUACGAGAGGAAACACCACUUGAGAUGACAAACUCUUCAUCAAAGACAGCUCCGCGGAUAAAAGAGUCCGGUGAUUUCAAGUCCUCAUCGAGGAAGGUUGUGGACAAGUCAGAUAAUCCCGUGCAGAAGAAGAAGGAAAUCCGACGACAACGAUGUUAUGCUCGAUGGCGUGCUAAGGGCUUGGAUGUGGAAGAGAUGAAAAAGGCCAGGAUCGCUAAGGAAGAAGCACGACGGAGAACAGUCGAGUCGUACAUUCUCGAGCCAGAUGAAUCAUGGAAACACAGAUUGGAGGUAAUUUAG